GGCAGCGGGGGUGAGGCGGAGGGGGGGGGAACGCGGGGCAGUGCAGGUUCCUGUCGGCGCUCGCUGCGGCCUGGCACUGCGAGGAGGGGCGGCCGCGGCCCCGCGCAUGGCUAUGGACCCGGCCGAAGCCGUGCUGCAGGAGAAGGCCCUGAAGUUCAUGCCCCGAAUACACAUGCCAAAAGAUGGAUUCCAACUUUUAUCUUCUGGAUACCAAGCAUGGCUAAAGCAGUGCUCUAUGCCCAGAUCUCUGUGGCUGGGCUGCUCCAGCCUGGCGGACAGCAUGCCCUCGCUGCGAUGCCUGUAUAACCCAGGGACUGGCGCACUCCCAGCUUUCCAGAACUCCUCUGAGAGAGAAGACUGUAAUAAUGAUGAGCCCCCUAGGAAGAUCAUUCCUGAGAAGAAUUCACUUAGACAGACUUACAACAGCUGUGCCAGACUGUGCUUAAACCAGGAAACAGUAUGUCUAGGAAGCACGGCUAUGAAGACUGAAAAUUGUGUGGCCAAAACAAAACUUGCCAAUGGCACUUCCAGUAUGAUUGUGCCCAAGCAGAGAAAACUGUCAGCAAGCUAUGAGAAGGAGAAGGAGCUCUGUGUCAAGUACUUCGAGCAGUGGUCUGAGUCUGACCAGGUGGAGUUUGUGGAGCACCUCAUCUCCCAGAUGUGUCACUACCAGCAUGGACAUAUAAACUCGUACCUCAAGCCUAUGUUACAGAGGGACUUCAUCACUGCGCUGCCAGCUCGGGGAUUGGAUCACAUUGCUGAGAACAUUCUGUCCUACCUGGAUGCCAAAUCGCUGUGUGCCGCUGAGCUGGUGUGCAAGGAGUGGUACCGAGUGACGUCGGAUGGCAUGCUGUGGAAGAAGCUGAUCGAGAGAAUGGUCAGGACAGACUCGCUGUGGAGGGGGUUGUCAGAGAGGAGAGGAUGGGGACAAUACCUAUUUAAAAAUAAACCCCCUGAUGGUACUGCUCCACCCAACUCCUUCUACAGAGCACUUUACCCCAAAAUUAUACAGGAUAUAGAGACAAUAGAGUCAAACUGGCGGUGCGGAAGGCACAGUUUACAGAGAAUCCACUGCCGGAGUGAGACAAGCAAAGGCGUUUAUUGUUUACAGUACGAUGAUCAGAAGAUAGUCAGUGGCCUACGAGACAAUACUAUCAAGAUCUGGGAUAAAAAUACAUUAGAAUGCAAGCGAAUUCUCACUGGGCACACGGGUUCUGUCCUGUGCCUGCAGUAUGAUGAGCGGGUGAUCAUCACUGGAUCUUCAGACUCGACUGUCAGGGUGUGGGACGUGAACGCGGGUGAGAUGUUGAACACACUGAUCCACCACUGUGAAGCAGUACUGCACCUCCGCUUCAAUAACGGCAUGAUGGUGACGUGUUCCAAAGACCGCUCCAUUGCUGUGUGGGACAUGGCUUCACCAACAGACAUCACCCUGAGGAGGGUGCUCGUAGGGCACCGCGCUGCUGUCAACGUCGUGGACUUCGAUGACAAGUACAUCGUAUCAGCAUCAGGUGACAGAACCAUAAAGGUAUGGAACACUAGUACCUGCGAAUUUGUGCGCACCUUAAACGGCCACAAACGAGGCAUUGCUUGUCUGCAAUACAGAGACAGGCUAGUAGUGAGCGGCUCUUCAGAUAAUACUAUCAGGCUGUGGGAUAUCGAGUGUGGGGCAUGUUUGCGAGUACUGGAAGGCCACGAAGAGCUGGUGCGAUGCAUCCGCUUUGACAACAAGAGGAUAGUCAGCGGGGCAUACGACGGGAAAAUUAAGGUAUGGGAUCUGGUGGCUGCUUUGGACCCCCGUGCCCCAGCGGGGACCCUCUGCUUACGAACCCUUGUGGAGCAUUCUGGAAGAGUUUUUCGACUUCAGUUUGACGAGUUCCAGAUUGUCAGCAGCUCACACGAUGACACCAUCCUCAUCUGGGAUUUUCUGAAUGACCCAGCUGCCCAAGCAGAAUCCACUCGUUCCCCGUCCAGAACAUACACCUACAUCUCAAGAUAAAUAACACUACACUGUACCUCACACUCGCACAGGACUCAUUUAAGCUGCAGUAUUUAAAUUAUCUGCCAAUGCCAGGACAAAAGAACUAUCCACGUAACCAAUACUUGCUGAAGAGAGAGGCUCUCAGACUUGUUUCUGGAACAAAGUUGGCAUGCGGUUGAUCUCAGACAGGGUCUACUCAGCGUGGCUGACUGCUAAAGUGCUGCUAUAUCAGAAGAUGACUUUUAUCUUUCGUGAACUAUUAACAUUUUUAAACCUUCCCAUCCCUUUCCUCCCUCAUCCCCAUUUUCCUGCUCACUCCCCUUCCCUUUACCCUGUUUGGUUUCCCUCCAAACCCGGUCACAGAUGUCCUGUGAAUAUAUUUAAGGUGUUGCCA